AUGAUUCCAAACAAAGAAUCCAUUAUAAACCAAGAGACGAAUUCUUGCCAAUUAGACGUUGAAACUAAAAAUGAAACGAACUUCACAACACAUAAACUUGUAUUUGCUCAGAAUUCGAACUUCCUUAAUUUGGUAAUUCAAACAAUUAAUGACACAGCUAAUAUAACUAUAUUAAAUGACAUAGACGAUUCACUUAAUGAAGCAUCCGAGCAACAGAAUAACGAAUUUUCGCUCAUUUUCCCGUAUCAAGAUUAUUUUCGUUUUCUUUUAGAGAUAGAUGACCAAUCACAGCUUUUAAUAGGACUCAAUUUCUUUGCUAAUGUAAUAACGCACAACUCAAUAUCUUUUCAACAGUUUUUAAAGGAAAAUUUAGAGAAUUUUUUGAACUUUCUAUUAACUCAACUUAAUUCAGAGGAAGAACCAAUAAUAAUAGUUAUAAUCCAUGUGAUUGCUAUUCUUUCAUAUCAAAGUUCAGAUUAUUUAAAAUUUUUUAUAGAACAUGGUGUUCUUUCAUUUAUUCCACAAAUACCAUUUAACUCCGAUGUUCUUUCAAUAAUUUCCUAUAUGUAUUCACGUGGAUUUGCACCAGCUUCAGCAGUCCUUCCAUUUUUUGAAUAUGGGAUUGAGUCUCAAAAUCCAAAUAAUAUUGAGUGCUCAUUGGCAUAUCUAACAAAAAUAUGUCUAAGAGAAUCUGAAGAGGAUUGCACAAAUGCACUUUCAAUAAUAUUGAAAAAUAUUUCUAUAAUAUUGUCGUUUGGAUUAGAUCAAAAUGAAAUAAUUUCUUCAUUUUAUGCGCUUAUAUCAAUAGUUGAUGGCGAUUUUACUUCUUGCUUAGAACUUAUUUAUAAUCAUGCAAUUAAUUUAAUUGAUGCUUUAAUCAAGAUGAACAGUAACGAUAUUACAGAGUAUUCAGAUGUAAUUAAAUCAAUUGCACAGUUUUUCUCAAAAUUCAAAGAUAAAGUUACAAUUUCAAAUGAGAUUUGCGAUUUCAUGUAUAAUGCUUCUAAUGUACUUCCAUUUGAAGCAUCAAAGUCUUGCAUUUCAUGCUAUUUUGAUUGUAUUAAUCGAAAUAGAGAUUUUUCACCAGAAGUAUUAGAAAGGGCGAAACACUAUGCUGCUGAUCCAUCUGUUAUGAUACACAGCUGUAAUUUUAUUUACGAUCUAUACACAAUCAACCCAAAUAAUCAGGAAAUAUUAAGCACAUUAGAAGAACUAUUAAUUAUUGUACAGGAAUUUAUUGAUGAUGAAAAUCCAAAAUUUGCAGAAUUUGCGGAAUUAUUCUGCGAAAAUGUUUCAAACAUUCUAGACAAUCAUGAAAAAUAG